AGAUCUGAGUGGAUGAAAUGGUGAUAUAUGGUGGUGUGUGAGGGGAAAACCUGACUUUCAGUCACUCUUGGAGUUCCAGUCUGUGGAAUGGUGUGGGACAGUUCCUGGUAUUGCCUACAUCUCUUCCUGCGCAGCUUUUUAAGUGCUCUAAUGAGAUGGAGUGGGCAAGAAAAAAAGUCAAAGUGAUGCUGCGGGAGAGAAACGGGAAUAUGAAGAUGUGGCGUUUGUGUAACGCGUUUCUAAUUAAAGACACGGCCAUGUAACCCCACGAGGGACAACUCCUUCCGUCUGCGAGCCUCAAUAAAUUGGCAAGAAUCGACGGCGAAUGUUUCGAGACUUCACGAACGAGCGGCGCGCGCUCAAUGCUCUCAAGGAGCUUUCAGGAGUUUUCACCUCAAGCCUCGGAAACAUCACAAGAGAGACCGACCACGCACACUUCCCACGCUCAAGUAUAAUAAAGGACAGUUCCCUUUAAAGGAUCGCUCACUCUCUUUUUUUCUCUUCGCGUGUCUGAGCCUGAGCACCCGAAACUCAACAAAAUACAUCGCGCGCUCAAUCGCCCCAAACGGAUUAAGGAAAAGUAACUCCACGAUACGAGCGUCCACAGGCUGUACCACGAUUGAGGACUUGGGCAGUGCCGUACUUUUGUACACUCUGGUUGCGGGAGCGAUGCGCGCCUUGCGGGCUCCGGUGGUCGUCAUGGGGCUCGUAUUGUUAAUCUGCACUACCGUACACAGCGAUGCCAGCGCGAACAACGUCGACAAGGACGAGAAAACGUGGUUCAGACGGAUAUUAGACAUCACGAGACAGGUUGAAAACAGCGCUGGCGUUGAGCGCGCGCAAACAACCUCAAAGACAGAGCGCGCGCUUCAGCCAAAGGAUAAUCUGAAAACGAAGAAUGGGGAAACAAUACUAGAAAUCUUUCCCAGAGACCUCCGAAAGAAAGAGAAGAUCAUAAAACACUUAACAGGUCCUCUUUAUUUCAGUCCGAAAUGCAGAAAGCAUGUCUACAGGCUUUACCACAACACAAGAGACUGCACAAUCCCUGCAUGUGAGUACAGCCGAGCAUGCCCAUCUAUUCAGACACCACAACUAGGUUACAUCUCUGCCCACAUGCAUACGCCACGACCCUCUACAAACUGGCUUUAUGUUCAUGAUGUCGGUUAGGUGCCCCAGAUAUACCUGUGCACAUGGACUUUUAACAGAAAAAGUAUAGCCAACAAAUUCAGGACUCAUCCAGCUGACUAUCCUACUCAUCCAGCUUUACUCCUGUCCUUAGACUACAAAAGGUGCGCACGGCUCCUGACGCGACUGGCAGGGAGUCCAAGGU